AUGACUAAUAAAGACCAAGAACAGUUACUUCAAGACGCCUCCACUUUGUUGAUGUUUGCCAGCCUGGUAGCUAAACAUGAGCUGCUGAAUCAGCAUUCACCAGUAUCAAAUAUGUCAUCCCCACCAGCUCUUCAACAGCUACCACAGCAACAACCCCUUACCCAACAGCAUACUAAUUCCGGAUCAACCACACGAAAAUCGUCUGAGCAUAACGAAAAGAAUGUGACAUCUCCAUCCCCAUCUGUUAAGUUUGAUUUUCCAGUCCCCUCCAAUAACAAUACUACGAGCAACCUCCAGUCUACAUCAGUCACUCACGAUAAAAGCAAACCUGUAACUCCUCCGAAAAGAACUUCAAUUAGUAUGCUUGUUAACGACACUCCUUCCGACAUUGCUCCACAACCUCGCAAAAGCUCCAUAAGUAUUUUGAUGAAUCCACCUGAACAAAUUGUAACUCCGCCACCACCAGCAGUGUCAGGUAAUUACGAAAGGAAGCAAAAGUCUAUUUCUCCAACUUCUGGGUUACCUAAAAAGGGUAGUUUCAAACCAAACCAUGAACGAUCGCGUUCUACUCCUGAGGCAACCAUAGCAAAGUUGGAGUUACAUCAUCAGCAACAACUUCAGCAACUACAGAAUCAACAAAACCAGUCCACAACACCAUCUCCAACACCUGCAUUUCAAAGAGGUAUAGAUUUGAGAUCUAAAGAAAGAAACACUGAUAAUGCAGUUAUUGCUGCUGCUGCAUUAACUGCAGCUGUUGAUAAUCCGCUUCCCUUAAAGCUCGUGGAUCAGAAACCAGUUUUAGUUAAAGAAAAGGCUCAAGUAGUGCCUGUUUCAGUUGUACCAGCGAUAUCAAAAUCCGAAGAAGACCAAUUGACGGAACCUGAAGAAGAGGACGAGGAAGAGGAAAUGGUGAAGGAAAAGGUCGUGUUGGUAGCUACGAACAACAACGACAAAGUGACUGCUGUGAUAGACUCUGAUUCAGCAAAUAAGCCUGCUAUCAAGAGUCUGUCUAAAGAUAAAUAUGUUCCUCCACCGUUGGAAACUUACCAAGUCAAUCCCGAUUCAGGUUUGAUAGGAUGUAUAUGUGGAAUUGAGGAUGAUGAUGGGUUCACGAUUCAAUGUGAUGUCUGUUUUAGAUGGCAGCAUUGUGUAUGUAUGGGCUAUGAAAAUGCUGAAGAAGUUCCUGAAGACAUGUACAAAUGUUAUUAUUGUGAUGAAAGCAAAUGGGGGAAGUUUGAUCCUGAAGCAUCUCGAUCGAGAACCAUGCAGCGAUUAGAUAUAGACAGACUGGAGAACAGCCGCCAAGCUACAGUUAAAGCAUUGCCGCAACAACAUCAACAUGGAGCAAAAAGAAAACAGCUGAAUUCCGAAAAGGUCGAUAAUAAAAAGAGGAAGACAGAAGACAAAACGAACACAAAUUCAAGCAACUCAGCUAGUGGCUCUCCAGCACCAAAAUUUCAAAGUCCUCGUCCAGAUGAGAUGGAUGAUUUGCCAAACAAAGAAAAUGAAUUGCUAGAGGAUGGAAUAACAGCAGAAUCAUACCAAUCAGUAUAUUAUAAUUUAACGGAAAACGAUUACAAGAGACAAGCGAUCAAAGAAUUCAUUGAUAAUAUUGGACUGGAGUUUGCCAGUCAAUUUUUCAAAUUACCUAAACUGGAACAACAGGGUAAGCAUUUCCGUAACGUUACCAUAAUGAGUCUGAGUCAAUUUAAAUCGAUCAAAUGGAGUAAAAUAAACUUACCAAAUUUCACCAAAUAUUUACAAGAACAUAACAAACUUAAAAAGAAGAAUAAUUUUAACAAAACCACCAUUCAAGUUAAACCUUACACAGAUAAUCAGAAGCAAAAAUUCAAUGGCAUUUCCAAACUCGCAUUGUUUAUAUCCAGCAACGGUGGUAGCACCGGGUCUUUAACGAUCCCAGAAGAUACUCCAAUAAUUGAAUAUUUAGGAGAGGUUGAUUUGUUUAAGAAUUAUUGUCGAGAUUCGAUCAAUCAAUAUCGUUUGUGGGGUAGUCCCAAGCCGAAAGUUUUAAAGACAGCGAUUCCAAUGCAACACAAUGAUGAAACUAUGGAUAUUGUCUUGGAUUCUAGAUUUGUUGGUAAUGAAAGUAGAUUUAUUCGUAAGGCGUGUCCAUCAUCGGCCAAUUGCAAAAUAGAGACUGUUUAUGUACCAGAGCAAAAUAGGUUUCGAUUUUUAGUGUUUACUUCAAAACCAAUCACAUUAAAAUCAGAAAAUCAAGAUGAAGAAUUGCGAUUACCUUGGGAAUGGGAUGUAGAUCAUCCUAUAUUAAAGCUUUAUGCCAAUAAUAAUCUGGAGAAAUUUGAGAAUUUGACGAAUGAAGAGAAAUCAGCAUUGAUUACUUAUAUUGAUAAUAUUUUGCAUUUUGUUGAAUGUGGGUGUUCGACGUCAAAUGCAUCUUCACUGUGUGCAAUUUUCAAAAUAAAAAAGGCCACGUCUUAUUUGAUGAGAUCAACAAGAAAGGCAUCAUCUUUGAGCAAUGUCAACAUAACAAAGUCCAAAGAAGAAUUGAUAUUGCCAAGACCAGAAAAACAAUAUGUUUCUUGGGAGGAAAGGUUGAAUCAAAGAAAUCAACGAAUUCAAACUGAGUUAUUGUCAGGAGAGAAAAAAGAAGGGUCGGAUAAUGACAAUGAGCAACAAAGAUCUGAAGAAAAAGAGGAGUCUGCAUUAGAAGAAGCUGCUGAUGGUGGAGCCGGUUCUGGUCCUGGUCCUGGUCCGGGGUCAGGAAUAACAGGAAUUGGAGCAAAUGCUGAUGAUAGUAAAGGCAACGAGAAACCACCGAUGUUAUAUAAAUUACCAUUCAAACAACAAUUGUUGGCAAACCUUCGGACCAAUGUUGAAAUGACAACAACAGUCCAACAACCAACCCCAGUAUCUAGUGAGGAUGAUGCUGAUCCAAUGACAGUUGAGAUUCCUGUACCAGUAGUACCUGAAUUGGUGGCAAUUAUUGACAAGAAUAUUGAAGAAAAACUAAAACCAAUAAUCAAACAAGUUGAAGCCUCAGCAGUUACCGGAGAAGACGUUAAUUUGAAGUUGGUUGAAAAGGUGUCUUUGGUGUCUGACAAUGGAGAGAACAAGACGCGUGAUGUGACGUUGGUGCCAGAAACAGCUGUCCCUACUAAAGUCGUAAAGAAGUUAUCCUUUGCUGAUUAUAAAAAAAUGAAAUAA